AGUAGAAACAACAAGCCGCCAUUUUGUUUGUUCGGACAGACCGUCAGAAACGGGAGGAGAUAACCGAGAGAAGGAGCCUCUCCGGGACCCACCGGGGGAAAGAGAGCGGCCAAAUCCCGUCCUUGUUUUCAAGAGCGAAAGCGACACCUGAAAGAUAGGAAGUCAGUGGAGGGAAGACCGAGUCGGUGAUAAAUAUAUAUAUAUAUAUGUAUUUAUAUUCAUCCAUAUAUAUAUGUAUUUAUAUAAAUAUAUAUAUGAAUGCAUGAGGAGGAAAUACUCGGAGUAAUUGAAGGAAGGCGGUGUUUUGCGGAGCGCCGGCGGAGGAGAGGCGGAAGAGGGCUCUGCGUUACCACGAGCCGAAAACCUGCGAAAAGGGGGGGAAACAUCAACAUGAAAAAUCAUUAUGUGUCCGUCGCGGAGGAAGGAAAGAAUCCGCAUAGACAAUUAUAUAAAUAAAUUGCUGCCGGGCCGGAGGGAGAGGUGGAAAGAAAGGCUGGUUGAAAGAGAAGAGGGAAAUUGCCAGGAUCAACGCGAAGGGGGGGCAUUCUCCAUCACAAAGAGUCAACGAGAGGAUUUAGUCAGCCCGGAAUAUUUUUAAGAGGGUGUUGAUAUUAGUCUGCCGAUCAGAAGCUCUCCGCUUCCGAAGAAGCCAUAAUUUCCUCGCGACCCACCGUCAUGUGUAUUUUUUUUUUAAAUGCCAUUUUCCCCUGUGGCUCUUCGGCUGCGCUCCGGCGGUGUCUGUGUGUCUUUCUUUCUCUGUUCCCCGGCACGGCCAAGACAUCGCACCACCAGUGAGUAACGGGGGGGCUGUUUUUGUUGUUGUUGUUGGUGUUGGAGGAAUAUGCAUCUGUCUUUUCCUUAUCCGAGAUUUCAAGUGCUUCAACCGAGCGAACACCGGGGGAGGAAGCUCUCGCGGAGCGCAAGAUAAGUAACCUCCGCAACAACAAAAAAAUCAAAACUAAUUGGAUCAAUCGGACUGUCCGCUGAUUGGCAAUUAACGCCGCGAUUGCCCUCGAGAACUGCGCCGUAAACGGAGCCUGCAUCACACUCGAUUGCAGAGAUUUUUUUGAUAAGACUUUUUUUUUCUCUCUCUUCAUCCAUUUACAACCUUUGCCAAAUCCUCGCCGAACGCGAGAGGUUUUUACUCGCGCGGAGAAAGAAAAAAAACGCCCGCAAAAACCAACCAAAUGUGCAAACACGAGCCUUGUUCUUUCUGACCCAGUGCCUUGCGUGCGCGAACACUCAAAAGUGCACAUUUCAGUCCCAAGCAUGCACGUGCACACGAGUAGUCACGCGUGGAAACACGCAUCCGCAGUACACGUUCCUUUAAUUUGAGUAAACUGCAAGUGCGGGACUCGAUCCGGUGCUUUCCCAUAUUUCAGCAGGACUGUUGAGCCAGUGAAGUUGUCUCUUCCCCCCACCUCCUCCUCCUCCUGUGGGUGGUGCAUCUGAGAGUACAACUUUACGCUUUAAAUCGUAUCGAGAACCACUACCGGUAGUCUGCAAUCGCCGGUCGACCGCCUCCUCGGUGUGGCACCGCGAGGGAGCCGGCGGGGUCCGCGUCCAGUGAGAUGUCUGCCCCGGUGGGGGAGACGGUGGAAGCAGCCGAGGCUCCCGUAACUGUUGCAUGAGCGAGCGGCCUCCAGAAGUUCACCACAUGGCACUCUUAUCGGAUUCCGUGGCCUGACCGAGACACCCCCCCCUCUCCCCCCAACACACACACACCGGAUCGCGUUCAGACUUGAAAUACGGGAUUUGUUAUUUUUUUUCCUCCGCCGGUUAUGGCGGACAGGACCGGGCGCCGCGGCGCGGAAGACUGAUCUCGGGACGGGUCUCGUGUCGCAGGAGCGGCUGCAUGAGGUUGUCAGAGGGCCGCGCGCUGCCCCCUUUUCGCCGACUCCACCUUCCCACCUCCUCCCGUUCAAAGCUGAGAAGAAAUUCCAUCUGCGGCAGCGGAGGGGGGGGCUGAUAUCCACAGAGGGGGAUAAACCCAGCGAGAGGGAGAGAGAGGGAGAGAACUCCGAGGGAAGGAGUCCAGCGUUGCUCUCUUCUCCCCUACCGUCCCCCGAGCGGUGGGGGAACGACCAGAAGUGUUUCUUAAAAGGGCUCCAAGAGACGCGAGUGAAGGAAAUACGUUUUACCUCCGUGGAAUCUACCUUUUUUUUUUUUUUUUUUGAGGGGUGGGGGGGUAAUUCGUCAAAAAUAUGGCCGAUAAUGUCCUGGAGUCCGGCCCGCCUUCAGCCAAGAGGCCCAAGCUGUCCUCUCCGGCCCUGUCGGUGUCUGCCAGUGAUGGAAAUGAUUUCGGUUCGCUCUUUGACCUGGAGCAUGACCUCCCAGAUGAACUCAUCAAUUCCUCGGACCUGGGUCUGACCAACGGAGGAGAUGUCAGCCAGCUCCACACCAGUCUGGGUGGACUCGGGGGAGGGCUUGGUUUGGGAGGCCAGGACGCAGCCACGAAACACAAACAGCUGUCCGAGCUCUUGCGUGCCGGAGCACCGGGACAGCAGGGUGGCCCGAAUUCUAACAGCACGGCACCCGGGGCAUCCAUGGGGAUGAUGGGGGGUGUCGGGGUCUCCCAUGGUGGACCUCAGGGCCAGCAACAGCAAGCUGGAUUAAUGCAGCAAGCCGGGAUGGUUGGAGGGGCGGCGGCACUCAAUCGGGCAGCUGCCAUGAUGGGUGCCCAGAAGGGCAACACUGGACAGCAGCAGCAGGGCCUGAUGGGUGGCCAGGUGAUGAACGGCUCGCCAAGAAUGGGUUACCCUGGCGCUGCAGGCAUGGGCAACAGUAGUAAUCUGUUGGCGGAGACCCUACAGCAGCAGGGCAGUCAGCAAAUGGGACACGGGGGUCCGGCGGGAAUGAGACCGCAACAGCCCGGAGCACUGAACAAGAUGAGUAUGAUGGCCAACGCGGGCCCCUAUGGCGGUCCGUAUGGCCAGUCGGGUCAGGGGCUCCCAGGAGCAGGGCUGGGCCCGCAGCUCCAGAACAAGGGGGCGCUUCCCAACAGCAUGGCCUCGCAGUUCAGCAUGGACAAGAAGGCCCCGCCGGGUCAGGGCACGGCCGGGAUGCAGCAGCAGCAGCAGCCUGGACCGGUCGGCGGCGUCUCCGCCAGCGGCGCGGCGGCAGCGGGAGGCGCCCAGGUCGGGCUCAGUGCUGUCGGGGCUGGUCCCGGCGCAGCGCCCCCCACAGCAGACCCCGAGAAACGUAAGCUGAUUCAACAGCAGUUGGUCCUUUUGCUCCACGCGCACAAGUGCCAGCGGAGGGAGCAGGCCAAUGGGGAAGUGCGGCAGUGCAACCUGCCCCACUGCCGCACCAUGAAGAACGUGCUCAACCACAUGACUCAUUGCCAAGCUGGCAAGUCCUGCCAGGUGGCACACUGUGCCUCAUCCAGACAGAUCAUCUCUCAUUGGAAGAAUUGCACACGACAUGACUGUCCUGUAUGCCUGCCACUGAAAAACGCUGGAGACAAGCGGAAUCAGCAGUCUCUUGUUAACAGUGCAGGAGUCGGCUUGGUGAACUCUUUAGGCUCAGGGGUUCCUGGUGGACAGUCCAACACCCCAAACCUGAACCCUCCCAACCAGAUGGACCCCAGCUCCAUAGAGAGGGCCUACGCUGCACUCGGCCUCACUUACCAGGGCAACGCAAUACCACCGCAGCCGUCACAGGCGAACAUGUCCAGCCAGGGGCUGCAGGGUCAGCCUGGAAUGAGGAAUCUAAACACCAUGGGUGGAAACUCUAUGGGAGUGAAUGGUGGAGUGGGAGUGCAAUCGCCCAACCAGCAGUCCAGUCUACUGCCCAACGCCCUGUUGCACGGCAACAUGAAUGCACAGAGUUUACUGACGGAUGGACUAGGGAACCUGGGCUCCAUGCCCACCGCAACUCCACCUUCUGCUGCAGGCAUGAGGAAGUCUUGGCAUGAAGACAUCACGCAGGACCUCCGCAACCACCUUGUCCACAAGCUUGUGCAGGCCAUCUUCCCCACUCCUGAUCCAGCGGCCCUGAAGGACCGGCGGAUGGAGAACCUGGUGGCCUACGCUCGAAAAGUCGAGGGAGACAUGUACGAGUCGGCCAAUAGUAGGGCGGAAUACUACCAUCUGCUGGCAGAGAAGAUCUACAAGAUCCAAAAGGAGCUGGAGGAGAAGAGAAGGACACGACUCCAGAAGCAGGGCAUAAUGCCCGGCCAAGGUGGCAUGGUCUCCCCAGGCCCCCCGCAGGUGCCUCCCAGCAUGGGACAGCUGCCCAUGACUCCUGGGCAACCCCCAAAUGGUCCUCACGCUGAUCCGUCCAUGGUCCGACCAUCUGGACCCAAUCAGAUGGUCAACAGGAUGCAGAACCCACCAGGAAUGAGUCAGUUUGCUCAGAUGGGGAUGCAGUCGAUGGGUCAAAGGUCUCCUCUUCCUCAUAAUUCGCCAAUGAAUCAGAUGGGUAUGGGAGCGGCAAGGAUGGGUCAGCCCAAUGCCACACAGUUACAGAACCAGUACUUCCCUUCGGGCCAGUUUCCUGGGUCCAGUCCUGGACAUGGCUCUGGUCCUAUUGGCAUGAACCAACCAGGAGCACAGACCGCUGUGCCACCGAACCAGAUGUCGACGCCGCCUUCGCUCCCAGUCAGCAGCCCCGCAGCACAGUCUGCCUCUUCUGCCCCAGGCUCCGCUACGGCCGUCGGCCCCAUGGGGUCUGGUAGUGCCAGUGGUGCUGGGUCUCAAACAAACAUGCCUCCAUCCUCGGCCCCCACCCAGAACAACUCCUACCCUCACUGCCCACCCAUCCGAACAAACUCCCCUUCCCCGGCACGCAGCUUAACGCCUCAACCACAUCAAACACCCCCAACGUUACCCCGAUCUCAGACCCCACAGCCACAGACUCCCAGCGCGCCGCAGCAGCAGCAGCAGCAGCAGCAGCAGCAACUACAGCAGCAGCAACUACAGCAACAACUACAGCAGCAACAACAUCAGGGCAGUCAUGGUUCUUCAAAGCCUACUCAGAAUGCCCAUGUGCCAUCGCAACGGCCGCAGACCCCACUGUCUCCGAAGCCUUCUCUGACAGCAGAGGGUCAGGUGUCCUCUCCCGGCUCAGUCAGCAGCAGCGCCAAUCCCAGCUCCCAGCUAACCGAGGCGGACGGCCCCGCGCCCAGCCAGGAAGACGUCAACAUGGAGGUGAAGAAGCAGGAAGAUGAGGAUGAAGGAGCUGACACUGAAGGAGAGGGCAAGGGGAAGAUGGGCAAGGGUCAGCAUGACGUGAAGACAGAGGAGAAACCAGAGAUAAAGAAAGAGAAGCCGUCGGGAGACGGGUGUAAAGGCGAGCCCAUGGACACGUCUUCAUUCUCGGCUUCAUCGUCGGUAGCAACGGGGGAAGACAAGAAGCCGGAGGUGAAGCAAGAGCCCAAAGAGGAAGAGGAUGGGGCAGGAUCAGCAUCCAACAGCAGCUCCCCAGCCAGCGCUCAGAGCAAGAAGAAAAUCUUUAAGCCGGAGGAGCUGCGUCAGGCUCUGAUGCCCACCCUGGAGGCUUUGUACCGGCAGGACCCCGAGUCCCUUCCCUUCCGUCAGCCGGUGGACCCCCAGUUACUGGGAAUACCCGACUACUUUGACAUAGUGAAGAACCCCAUGGACCUGUCGACCAUCAAGCGGAAGCUGGACACGGGACAGUACCAAGAGCCCUGGCAGUACGUGGAGGACAUCUGGCUGAUGUUCAACAACGCCUGGCUGUACAACCGCAAGACGUCCCGCGUCUACAAGUACUGCUCCAAGCUGGCAGAGGUGUUUGAGUCGGAGAUCGACUCCGUCAUGCAGGGCCUGGGAUACUGUUGUGGGAGGAAGUUUGAGUUUUCCCCACAAACUCUCUGCUGCUAUGGAAAACAAUUAUGCACCAUCCAACGUGACGCUGCCUAUUUUAGCUACCAGAACAGUUCACCAAAAUAUGGGCUUCUUGCUGACAGGUACCACUUCUGUGAGAAGUGUUUCAACGAAAUCCAGAGCGAGAGUGUUUCCUUGGGGGACGACCCCUCCCAGCCUCAGACGUCCAUCAACAAAGACCAGUUUCAAAGAAAGAAGAAUGACACACUCGACCCUGAGUUGCUUGUGGAAUGUGGUGACUGCGGUCGCAAAAUGCACCAGAUCUGUGUCUUGCAUCAUGACACCAUAUGGCCGUUGGGCUUUGUAUGUGACAACUGCCUCAAAAAGGCUAACAAGACGCGGAAAGAGAACAAAUACGCAUCCAAAAGACUUCCCCAUACCAAGUUGGGGUGCUAUUUGGAGACACGAGUCAACGAUUACAUCAAGCGGCAGAACAUCCCGGAUUCUGGCGACGUCACCAUCCGUGUGGUCCACGUGUCAGACAAGGUGGUCGAGGUCAAGCCGGGCAUGAAGUCCAGGUUUGUUGACAGUGGAGAGAUGUGCGCCUCCUUCCCCUACCGGAUGAAAGCCCUGUUCGCUUUCGAGGACAUCGACGGAGCAGAUGUGUGUUUUUUUGGCAUGCACGUUCAGGAGUACGGCUCGGACUGCCCGCCCCCCAAUCAGAGACGAGUGUACAUCUCUUACCUGGACAGCGUGCACUUCUUCCAACCGCGACAAAUCCGGACUGGCGUCUACCACGAGAUCCUGAUCGGCUACCUGGAGUACGUCAGGAGACAAGGGUACACAACGGGUCAUAUCUGGGCCUGUCCACCCAGUGAAGGGGACGAUUACAUCUUCCAUUGUCACCCGAUGGACCAGAAGAUCCCCAAGCCUAAACGAUUGCAGGAAUGGUACAAGAAGAUGCUGGACAAGGCGGUUGCUGAGCGCAUCGUCCACGAUUACAAGGACGUCUUCAAGCAAGCCACAGAGGACCGGCUGACCAGCGCCAAGGAGCUGCCGUACUUUGAGGGCGACUUCUGGCCCAACGUGCUGGAGGAGAGCAUCAAGGAGCUGGAGCAGGAGGAGGAGGAGAGGAAGAGGGAGGAGAACAGUACCUCCAAUGAGAGCACAGACAUCACAAAAGGAGACAGCAAGAAUGCCAAAAAGAAGAACAAUAAAAAGACAAGCAAGAACAAGAGCAGCAUGAGCCGAGCCAAUAAGAAGAAACCAGGGAUGCCCAAUGUUUCCAAUGACCUUUCCCAGAAACUCUACGCCACCAUGGAGAAACAUAAGGAGGUCUUCUUUGUCAUCCGACUCAUCGCUGGCCCCACUGCCAACUCGCUGCCCCCCAUCACUGACCCUGACCCCCUCAUGGCCUGUGACCUCAUGGACGGCCGAGAUGCCUUCUUAACUCUGGCCAGGGACAAGCAUCUGGAGUUCAGCUCGCUCAGGAGGUCCAAGUGGAGCUCCAUGUGUAUGUUGGUGGAGCUGCACAACCAGAGCCAGGACCGCUUUGUCUACACCUGCAAUGAGUGUAAACACCAUGUGGAGACCCGCUUCCACUGCACUGUGUGCGAGGACUAUGACUUGUGCAUCACCUGCUACAACACUAAAGGGCACGAGCACAAGAUGGAUAAGCUGGGGCUCGGACUGGACGACGACAGCAACAACCAGG